UGCCUGCUGCCUGGGUGUAAAGCUUGUGUCUCUCCUCUCUCUACUCGGUCCCUUGUGGAGGGACAUCACUGCAAGAGAUGCUGGGGAUUCUUCUUGCAGCACAUGUGACUAUCUCGGUGCUGGUCCAGGGCGAAGCAUUUGUGGUGAGUUCCUCUCCCGGCAGCAGCAGCACCAAGGCGAUCGUGGCAUCAUCAUCACGCCCGCACCGGCAGCGGUCCCAGCGCCCCACGGCGACGACAAUGGCGGCAAUCGUUGGGGGAGGUCGCAUCGGGUGUGCGUUGUACGAUAUGGGCGGCGGCGGGGACACCCUGGUCGGACGUGGUGACAUCAUCCCCGAUGGUGACGGACCGAUUUACGUUUGCACACGGAACGAUGAUCUGGAGGACGUAAUCUCGCGCACGCCUCCGGCUCGAAGAGAGGACUUGGUUUUCCUGCAGAACGGCGUUUUGGGGCCUCUGCUCGAGAAGCACGGGCUCGCCAAGAACACUCAGGCGCUGAUAUACUUCGCGGUGUCGAAGAAAGGAGAGCCCCCCAUCGAUGGCAUCACCGAUGCCAACCCGGAAGGGCUGACGUCCACGUGCGGAAAGUGGGCGGGGGAGUUGAAGGAGAGGCUCGCCAAGGGAGGGCUCACGUGCCACGAGCUAGCCGAAGACAGGUACACGGCCAGGAUGUACGAGAAGCACAUCUGGAUCUGCGCCUUCAUGGUGGCGGGAGCGGCCCACAAGUGCAACAUGGGCCAAGUGGACGCCGACCAUGCCGACGAGGUACGCACGUUGAUCGGAGAGCUGCAGAAGGCGAUAGAGGUGGAGUACGGAGUGGCGUUCGAGGACGGGGUGAAGGAUCGUCUCUGCGCGUACUCUAGGUCGGUCGCAAACUACCCCGCUGCCGUGAAGGAGUUCUCAUGGCGAAACGGCUUUUUCUGGGAUAUUUCCGAGAAGGCCAGGAAGGAAGGGACCGAAGACCCCUGUCCCCUCCACACCAAGCUGUUGCGGCAAGUAGCGAAUGAGCAAGGGCUGACUCUGUGAGGCCGAGCUUUCAUGUCCUUGCGCCAGAGGGGGACGACUCUGCUUCUGUUCGCAACGUGCGUCUCUCAGCAAGUUGUGAAAAAGACACCGCCCGUUGUUCUACAUUUUACUCGUCUUGUUUCAUUUCUGGCCCGCAGACCACACCGCUCUCUCUGGCUGAUUUGCCGUGGGUAAAAAGUGUGGAGGCUCAGGUGGUUGGUGUGUGCUACGACGGGGUGACCGACAUUCAUUUGUACGUCGGGCAGCACGUGUCCCACGCAAUAGAUUCUUGGCCACGAAAAAAACAUGGUUGUCGCUGCUGCGUGACCCCUCGUGCUGUGAUACGAAUCCAACGAUUCAUUUCAUUCCAUCAGUGUCUCGUCUCAUGCGAAACACUUUACGUGCGGCGGGUACGCGUGUCCUCCUGGUGUAUAGUACGAAGCAGUAGUUAUGUAGUGCUUUCUUUUUCUUUUCCUGUCCUGCCCUUUACCCUACCCGGUUUAUUUGUUUUCUUGAGUGCGUUUCGUUCUUGCGGGAACGAGCGUGGCUUCAUUUCGCAGCUAUGUACACGUCGUGAGGAAAGGGGUUCCUACUUCCAGUUUAUUGUUGGUUACCACAACUGGUCAUGGUGUCUGACCAGCUGUUCAGCAAGUCAGCACGAAAAUGCAAUUCUUAUCCUUUCCGCGAAGAGAGCUUUCGACUGCUGCUGUGGUUUUAUCUCGAACGGGUAGACUACGUAGUCUUUCUGUGACAUGUCUACUUUCUGAAGUGGGGAAAGAAGGAUGCUACUUG